GGAGGAAGGGAAGGGCCGCCAUCUUGUUGUCGCGUCGCCGCCGCCGCCGCCAUAGUCCGAGCGGAGUCACGGCCGACGGGCUGCGAGACGGGCCGAGCCGCAGCGGGAAGUGAGCGCGGCCGCCAGGCAGGCAGAUUGAAGUGAGUAGAUUGGACGGAACUCAAGUGUGUUGGAAGACUUUUUAAAGAGUGGUCCCACAGGGCAUCAGCGCAAGUGACUGGUUUCUCUUGGGUGACUUUACAGGUGUUUGCCUGUGUUGCAAUAAGAGACUCAUCUAUUGAGCAGGACCUAAUUUAUCUCUUCAUCUUGGAGAGUUUAAUAAACUAUUACACUUUCCGUACUCACAACUGUUUGGAAGUUGAAAGACAUUUAAAAGGCAAACAUGAGUACGGCCAGAACAGAGAACCCUGUUAUAAUGGGUCUCUCCAGUCAAAAUGGACAGCUGAGGGGCCCAGUAAAACCUGGUGGUGGUCCAGGAAGCGGGGGGACACAGGCUCAGCAACAGAUAAACCAGCUGAAACAUCCCAACACAAUCAACAAUGGCACUCAGCAGCAAGCACAGAGCAUGGCCUCCACCAUCAAACCUGGCGAUGACUGGAAGAAGACUUUAAAGCUCCCUCCGAAAGACCUGAGAAUCAAAACGUCGGAUGUGACGUCGACAAAAGGAAAUGAGUUUGAAGAUUAUUGUCUGAAGCGGGAGUUGCUGAUGGGAAUUUUUGAAAUGGGCUGGGAAAAGCCAUCUCCUAUUCAGGAGGAGAGCAUUCCUAUUGCUUUGUCUGGAAGGGACAUCUUAGCCAGAGCUAAGAACGGAACUGGCAAGAGCGGUGCCUACCUCAUUCCAUUACUUGAAAGGCUUGACUUAAAGAAGGACAACAUACAAGCAAUGGUGAUUGUGCCCACAAGAGAACUUGCCUUGCAAGUCAGUCAGAUCUGCAUCCAGGUCAGCAAACACAUGGGAGGGGCGAAAGUGAUGGCAACCACAGGAGGAACCAAUCUGCGGGAUGAUAUAAUGAGGCUUGAUGAUACCGUUCAUGUUGUAAUAGCAACACCGGGAAGGAUUCUGGAUCUCAUCAAAAAGGGGGUAGCAAAAGUGGACCACAUCCAGAUGAUUGUCCUAGACGAGGCAGACAAGUUACUGUCCCAAGACUUUGUGCAAAUAAUGGAGGACAUUAUACUCACUCUACCUAAGAACCGGCAGAUUUUGUUGUACUCGGCCACUUUCCCUCUAAGCGUGCAGAAGUUUAUGAAUUCCCACUUGCAGAAACCCUACGAGAUUAACUUGAUGGAGGAGCUGACUCUGAAGGGGGUGACCCAGUACUACGCUUACGUAACCGAGCGCCAGAAAGUGCACUGCCUCAACACACUGUUUUCCAGGCUCCAAAUAAAUCAGUCCAUCAUCUUCUGUAACUCCUCCCAACGGGUUGAAUUAUUAGCUAAGAAAAUCUCCCAGCUCGGGUACUCCUGCUUCUACAUUCACGCAAAGAUGAGACAGGAGCACCGCAAUCGAGUGUUCCAUGAUUUCCGGAAUGGCUUAUGCCGCAACCUUGUUUGCACUGAUCUCUUUACUCGAGGUAUUGAUAUUCAAGCUGUGAAUGUUGUGAUCAAUUUUGAUUUUCCAAAGCUGGCAGAGACAUAUCUCCAUCGUAUUGGCAGAUCAGGUCGAUUUGGCCAUCUAGGCCUAGCCAUCAACUUGAUCACCUAUGACGAUCGUUUCAACCUGAAGAGUAUUGAAGAGCAGCUGGGGACAGAAAUUAAGCCCAUCCCUAGUAACAUCGACAAGAGUCUGUAUGUGGCAGAAUACCACAGCGAGACCGUAGAAGAUGAUAAACCGUAAUUGCUGCGCUUUACUUAAACACAAAAGCUAAAGCCCUUUGAUCUGGACCUGUGAAACAUCAUUUUUGGGGGGAGGCUCCUCUCUGAGGGUUUUUCAUCUUUUUGUUUUGGAACAAUUAAAAUUACAGAGCUUUCCCCUCCUUAAAAAAAAAAAAUUGGCUGUGAAGACAAAAGCAGAAGAUAGGAAGAAAAUACCUUUUGUUUUUCCCACUUGUUUGCACUGUGUGCUGACUGAACAUUAGUUGCACUAACUGCUGGUUUUAAUUUCUUUCUUUGUGAUGGAGUAGAAGAACUCUGAAAUGAGAAGAUUCCCAAACUCCAUCUUGACUGCAAUUUCAAAUUCACCCACAGCUGCCCGACUGAGUACAUUUCAACUUCUCCCUGGCUCCUCCUCAUCUGUCUUUUGAGCUAAAGAGCUUGUUACUUAUUUGUGCAAAGUGCCUUAUGCUAUGAGACCAUUCAGAAAAUCCCUUUUGGAUACAGCGCAAGGAGUCGUUUUGGUUCAGGUCGAAGUCUCUUUCCCCGCCUCUGUUUCCUUCCCCUUCCGGGUGCUGGAAGGUGGCCCUUGUCAGUAGUUUUGUUUGGUUAACUUUCUUUUAAUGGAGGAAUUGAGAUGCAGUUGCUGUUCACCCACUCUGUAAAUAUGUGUAUUUAAGCAAAAUAACCUGGAUGGCCUGGGUUGAUUGAGGGAAACCUCCACACUCUGAGAGGAAAGAGCCACUUGCCAACCAAUCUGCAGCAGGAGCCCCCCAAAACGCCCCCGGGGCUCUCGCAGAACACUACAGACUGCCCUCCGUGAGUCUCCCGUGGGGGGGUGCAGCACUUGCUGUCUCCAAGCCAUGAUGGUUUUUCCUCUCUUACGUGUUUUGCAGAAAAUUGGAUGUGUAUACUUGUAUAAACUCUGUAAAUAUGUGUUUUUCUGUUAAGGGUUCAUAUAAGUUUCUUUUCUCUUUGUUUGGAUGAGGCUUGCUGGCGUUAAAGGGAUUAUAGAUAGAUCUUGACAGCAGCUAAAGGUGAGAGGGGCUCAGUUUUCUGCAACGCUACUCGGUACCAAGCACGUUUGACUCCACGCCUCUAGGCAGGCCUGGCUUGCUUUAGGGGUUGCAAUAUUUGGAAGAGUGCCGGGCAAGGCCCUUUCCCCCCUCCCCCGGGAAAAACAACCCUCCAGGGGAAGCUGGGUUUGUCUUAAAGGGGAGGAGACCCAACCGCCUCCUUUGUCUCAAAGCGAGGCAGAACCAAAAGCGACUCCAAAGAGGCAAAGGCCCGGUCAAGCCUGGCAGCUUCUGGCAUUGGAACUUCCUGCCAGCUUGUGGCGAUUCUGUUUGAAGCCCGUCCGAUGAGAGAUUCGAGAGCAGGCAAGGCGAGCCCUCUGCUCUUCCCCCAACAGGGUGUGGGUGGGGGUGGGUGUGCUUCCAUUACAGUAGUGUUGCUUUAAAGUGUGCCCCUCCCAAUGUGCUUGAUGUUUGGCCUGAUGUGCAGGCAGAAAGAGUGAGACCACUCAACCUGUAAAUGUCUUUAACGAUUCCCUGUCGGCCUGCCAGCAGCAGAGUGCCAGGAGGCACCAGGGCUCUCUUGGCUCCGAGACAAGAGGGUUGGAGCCCACCCCAACCCUCCUCCUUGCCCUGGCAAGCUAAGCAGUUCUGAUAGAAAGUACCACCUUUUUCCAGCCCCGACCUCAAGAGAACUGCCUUGAGCCGGGUGCCUCCUGACAACCCUUUGGGAGUGGAACAUGUUUUGUCCAAGUAACCGUAGCAAAAGUUGUAUUAACAGAAAGCUCUUCCGCUGGGAAUUCCACUGAGGCUGCAUUCGGUGAGCAAGUGCUUUUUGGGGUGGGGGAGGGGGGCACUUGCGACCCAAAGCAACAUUUCGCUCUUCUGCAGCAGCCGGGGGCGUUCCCAAAGGAGGAAAGAGCCUUGAAACUUGCGAGAACACGUGCAACACCGGAUUCGGUGCCGUGAGUUGAGGUGGCCACUCUGUCCAGCCUGGCCACGCUCCUCUUGUCACUCUUGAAGCACAGCCUUUUGUAACGAGAAAGUAUUACUUCACCUGCGGCCGCCUAGCCGAGGAGCGGCCUCAGCCUCGGACCACCAUUUUUGGGUAGCUUUGUUUGGGUCAGAAAGCCACCCGACAAUGGCUCCUUGUCUCUCAGUG